AUGGUGCUCCCCUCCCGCCGCCGCCACUUCCACACGCUGAUGGCGCUGGCCCUGCUCACAUCCACUGAUGACGUGAAGCGAUUGGGGCUGAUGCCAGCAACAAGUACGGGCAGGGCCGGCACCAUCAGUGGCACUCCCUAUGACAUCCAACGCAACAAAAGGGGAAUGAAAUUGCAUGAUGAAGGCUGUAGUGAUGUUACUGUGUGGAGAGGUAGAAAACAUCUGGAAAGAGAAAUGGAGAACACAGAAGAUGAAACCACAGGGAGAUGGUUCAAGAUCAUAAUUCCCUAUGGAAGAAAGUAUGAAAAGACAUGGCUAAUGGAUUCCAUCCAGAAACAUUGCAGUGUACCCUUCACUCCAGUGGAGUUUCACUAUGUGAGAAACAGGGCCCAGUUCUUUGUCCAGGAUGCUCGAGCUGCCUAUGCAUUGAAGAACAUCAGCUACAAGAUUUGUGAUGAGGAAAACUGGAAGGUAGCUAUCUUUGUCAAUACUUCUGCUGCACCCUACUCUGUGCGGGAUAAACUGGCGCCAGAAGAAAUGGAACAGCUAAAGCUAGCCAUGAGAAAACGAUAUGAUGUCUCUCAGAAGGCUCUUGACCUCCGGAGUUUCCUCUAUGACCCAGGAUUUGCACACCUUGAUAUUGAUAUAAUCCUGAAUCGGAGAAACUGUAUGGCUGCAACCCUGCAGGUCAUUAAAGAGAAUUUCCCUGAGCUGUUGUCCCUGACCUUACGCAACAACAAACUGUGCCAGCUGGAUGGCCUGUCUGAUAUUAUACAGAUGGUACCCACAGUCAAGAUCCUGAACCUUUCCAAAAAUGAGCUGAAAUCCACCUGGGAGUUGGACAAGAUCAAAGGCCUGAAACUUGAAGAGCUGUGGCUGGAAGGGAACCCUUUGUGUGACACCUUCCAAAGCCAGUCUACCUAUGUCAGCGCCAUCAGGAAAUAUUUUCCCAACUUGUUACGCUUGGAUGGCCAGGAUUUGCCCCCACAAAUUGCCACUGACAUUGACAGACCCCAGUUGAUAAGUCCCUCAGUAAAGGUAAGGAAGAACAUAUUUGGAUCAGAUGCUAUGAAGAGACAAGUUGUGCAAUUCCUGCAGCAAUAUUACGUGAUCUAUGACUCUGGAGACAGACAGAAUCUCCUCGGUGCUUAUCAUGAUGAGGCCUGCUUCUCUUUGACCAUUCCCUUCAUCCAAGACAUCGCAGCCCCAAGCAGCUUGUUUGAGUACUUCAAGGAUAACAGGAAUAUGAAGAACCUCAAGGACCCCAACCUGCGUUUUCAGUUGCUGAGACAUACAAAACGUGACAUUGUGAGCUCUCUCUGUGUGUUUCCCAAAACACAGCAUGAUCUCAACUCCUUCCUAGUGGACAUGUGGUUGCAGUCGGAAAGGAUGCUCUGCUUCUGUGUCCAUGGAGUGUUCAAGGAAGUGGAAGGAAGGUCUCAGGGUUCUGUGCGUGCCUUCACCCGGACCUUCAUCACUACCCCUGCCAGCGAUUCCAGUAUAUCCAUCGUGAAUGAUGAGCUGUUUGUGAGGGAUGCCACCCUGGAUGACACUCAGAGGGCAAUUUCCAUCCCAGUGCCCACACCCUCCUGCAGCACUGGGCCCACCCUCUCCCAGGAGCAGCAGGAAAUGGUGCAGAUUUUCUCCAUCCAGUCUGGCAUGAAACCGCACUGGUCUCAAAAGUGCCUUGAGGACAAUGAGUGGAACUACAUCAAAGCUGCUCAAGUCUUCGCUACAUUCAAGGCCCAGGGCAAGAUCCCAGAGGAGGCCUUCAAACAAACCUCUUAAAAAGAGCUCUUGGAUGUCAUCUUUGUCUUCAUCCACAUCAUUUAUCUUUUCUCCUGCCUGAGGCCAUACCCAUGACUGGGCCUGGAGGCCUGCCUGACCAAGAAGCCAAAGUUACCUAACCAC